AUGCAUUUGAUCUCAUUUUUGCUGUCAGUAGGGCUUGUUUCUGGAUAUAACAUUCCCGACAAUCUACAGGAAAUCUACAAUCAACAUAAAACCGAAGAAUGCAGCCAUGUCCUUGCGGAUGGAUUCUCUCCCGGGGGUGGUGCCGGGGGGAAUGAGCAGUAUUGUGGUGACAUUGGUGGUGCCAUCUUCCUCCAUUCCACAAGUGGUGGAUUUGCAGACAUGGAUAUAGACUGCGAUGGUACAGAUGACUCCGGGGGCGACUGCGGCAACGACCCUUCUGGGCAGGGCCAAACCUCGUUCCAGUCCCAACUUGGCGACUAUGGUAUAUCGGACCUGAACGCUAAGGUGCAUCCAUAUGUCGUGUUUGGAAACACCAAUUUCGACCCGCAGGAAUAUGGGAUGGAACCUCUAAGCGUUAUGGCCGUCGUCUGUGGCGGCCAGCUGCAUUAUGGCAUCUGGGGGGAUACAAACGGCGGAGACCUGACAGGAGAAGCAUCUAUCUCGCUCGCAAAGCUAUGCUUCCCGGACGAAGGCAUCAGCGGGGAUAAUGGCCAUACCGAUGACGAUGUCUUGUACCUUGGCUUCACUGGCUCCAAUGCAGUCCCCGGAAACAAUGCAGAUUGGGCCGCUGAGAACGCGCAAGCAUUUGAGGAAAGCAUCAAGGGGUUGGGUGAUGAACUGGUUAGCAGCCUGAGCUCGUAA